AAUUUUUAGAUAAAGGUAAAUGAAGAGCUGAGGACUUUAGGUCUAGCACUCGUCAAGAUGAAGCCGUACGUGCUCCUCUUGGCCCUGCUGCAGUUUCUGGGAUGCUCAGGAAUCCCACUGUAUAAAUCUGAGCUGGAGUCUAUGGCAGAGAGGGGUCUCGGAGCAGCUCUGGCUGAGGUCAACUCUGUGUAUGCUGUCGGCCAUCUUUACCGGGUAACCCGAGGCUCUGUCAAAAGGAUUAUCCCCAUGGGCCUGAACACCGCUGACCUGCUGAUGGUGUUUGUCAUUAAAGAGACAGAGUGUGUGAAGGCUUCCAGAAACGACCCCCAGACAUGUACCUUCAGACCUGGUUUCUUUGUGCCAUCCUUGUCCUGCUCCAGUCGGGUUCGAAUGUCGGCCAGCUCAACCCAGGUGGUGUCUCUCAAGUGCGGCCACGACUCCUCGAGCUCCAGCUCAGAGUCUAGUGAGGAGAUGUUCUCACGACGGAGACACCAGCUCAACAUCCCAUUUGUCAAUAGAGCAGUUCCGGCAUCUUCUCCAACUCCUCCACCCCUCUGGCCUGGUCCUUCCCUCCGUGGCCAGACAGCAGACGUUCGGCCCAGAGGCGACACCUUCACAGAGUACCAGGUGUGAAAGCUCAGCUCAACCUGGAAACAUUUAGGUGCUGAUGAGAAGACAAGCUUGAAUUAAAAAAUGUUCAAUCCCUA